UCACACAUAAAACAGAAAUGAGUCAUAACUAAAUGUUACAUCUUCAUAAAUUGAUGGAUACACUUCUUGUGAUAUACAAAACAUAAAUGCUUAAACUGUGUGUAAGUCAGUAACUCCUUUAUUUUGUAUUUUGGCAGAUCUGCUUUUCAUGCACAAGCCAUCCAGCUUUUGUGAGUCUCCUCCCACAGCAGCUCACCAGUGAAGCUCCACCCACAAUUCCCUGAUGAAUGUUGGAAUAUUCCCACCAGUCUACAAGUGAAGAAGACAGUUUCUGAAAGAACACUGAGAGCAUGAGUGAUCCAGAACCCUGCAGAAUGAAACAUGAAGAUUCUGAAGAACAAAGAGACAUGAUGGAAGAGAACGAGGAGAGUGAAGAUCUGAGUGAAGCGGAGCAGAAACAGACUGAAAGCAGUUUCUUACAGAGAAGAACAGCAAAAGGGCAAAAAAAGCCCAUUUGUCAUCUGUGUGGAAAAAAUUACAGAAACAAACUAGGUCUUAAACUCCACAUGAUAGUUCACACCGGACAGAAGCCUUACACGUGUGAUCAAUGUGGACGGAGUUUCACUCAAAAAAAUGCCUUAACGGAUCACAUGAGAAUCCACACCGGAGAGAGGCCUUUUAAAUGUAGGAAGUGCAGGAAGAGUUUUGCCUACAAAAAAAUUUUAAAAGUUCACUUGAAAGUUCAUAGUGGAGUGAAACCAUACACAUGUGAUCAAUGUGGGAAGAGUUUCACACAGAAAUCGAACCUUACUGAACACAUGAGGAUCCACACUGGAGUGAAGCCUUAUGUGUGUGAUCAGUGUUGGAAGAGUUUUGCAAAUCUAAGCAACUUAAAAUCACAUCUGAUCACUCAUUCUGUAGAAAGACCAUAUAACUGUGAUCAGUGUGGAAAAAGCUUUUCUGGGGCAAAAUCCCUGAAAAACCACAUGAUAGUUCAUUCAAAGAAGGAACAUCACAAGUGUUCUUUGUGUGAAAAGAGUUUUGCUCAGCUGCUACAUUUAAAAAAUCACCAGAAAAGACACAGCGGUGUGAAGAAUCAUAUGUGCUUUGAUUGUGGGAAGAGCUUUAUUAGAGAUGUUGAACUCAGACAUCACCAGAGAAUCCACACUGGAGAAAAACCUUACAAAUGUUCACACUGUGACAAGACAUUCAGUAGUUAUGGAUCUUGUAAAAGACAUGAAAGGACCCACACUGGAGAGAAGCCGUAUUACUGCUCUUCAUGUGGGAAAAGUUUCACUCAAUCAUGUUCUCUUCUCCGUCAUACAAGAAACAUAUGUCAGAAAGCUUGCAUCAUACCACCUUCCAAGGCUUUUUACUGGCUGCUCAGACACUGUUGGGAUUUGGUCAUCUCCGAUGAAGAAUUUCAGGCUCUGAUUGGAGGGAGGCGGAAACCAGAGUCGACUCGCUGUCCACCAGCAACCCAUUUUGAGCAUCUGAUGAUAACCUCCAUUGCCAUUAUAAAUGCCAACGGAGAAAUGAACAAGAGUGAUCAGGAACCCAGCAGAAUGGAACAUGAACACGAUGAAGAACAAAUAGACCUAAUGGAAGAGAAUGAAGAGAGUGGAGAACUGAAUGAAUUGAGUUCCUCACAGAGUGAAAGUACUUUGCUGAAAAGAAGUGCCAAAACAUCUUUAACCUGCCCUCAGUGUGGAAAGAGUUUUGCUUACAAAAAAAGUCUUAAAGUUCACAUGAAAAUCCACACUGGAGAGAAACCACACACAUGUGAUCAGUGCGGGAAGAGUUUCACACAGAAAUGCAGACUUAAGGAACACAUGAAAAUCCACACUGGAGAGAAACCCUACACAUGUGAUCAGUGCGGGAAGAGUUUCAGUAAGGCGAACAGCUUUAAAUUACACCUGCGUUAUCAUUCUGGGAAAAGACCCUAUACCUGUGAUCAAUGCGGUAAAGAUUUUUUCAGGACCGAUGCCCUGAAGAACCACCGGAAAGUUCAUACACAGGAGAAGCCUCACAUUUGUUCUCUGUGUGGAAAGAGUUUCACUGAGCUGGCUGCUUUAAAAAAACACCAGAAAAGACACAGCGGUGUGAAGAAUCAUAUGUGCUUUGAUUGUGGGAAUGUAUUUUUUGAUAGUGCUCAACUGAGACGGCACCAGAGAACUCACACUGGAGAAAAACCUUACAAGUGUUCACACUGUGACAAGAGUUUCAGUCAGUCAGAACAUCUGAAAACACACGAGAGGGUCCACACCGGAGAGAAGCCGUACCCAUGUGAUCACUGCGGGAAGAGUUUUGCCCGAAAAGGACACCUUAAGGGUCACAUGAAAACACACACGAGAGAGAAGAAGUAUCAUUGCACUCAUCCUUGUAGCAUCAGCAGAUCUUAAACAGAUUCUUACAUUUCUAAUCCCACAAUAGGCACGUCUCUGCUUCCUAACCAGCUGAACUCCAAAAUUAACACUAAAACUCUUUAAUCAUUGGUAACAUGAUGUGACCUCCAUAUUGGAUACAGAAAUUGAUUUUGUUUGCUAACACUUGA